AUGAGAAUGAUUGAAAUCUCCUGUACGGUCAUUUAACUGACUGGAUUCAGAAGUAACAGAUUGGAUACAGUGUAAAUGUUCCAUUAAUUCUUUGCAACUGGAAAUCGAAGAUACUGCUAGUGUCAUGCGAACAUUGUAAGGAAGCUUUUUUGUUAAUAUAUUUGCUAGUGAUGUGUCCGCCAAAGAUUCGUCUAGUUGCGAAUUCUUACACAUCAUCUUAGCUACGAAUUCAGUAUAUGAUUGUCUGCCUCUAUUAUCAUAUGUGCAUGAUAUAAUCUCUGAUAGUGCGUCCAUCUGUUUACGUUUACUCCAAUACUGCUGCAGGAAUUGGGAGAUGAAGUCCUCCAGGCUGUUGAUAUCUCGCAUCCGGCUCUGGAAAAACAUCAGCGGCUCGCCAAGUAGUAGACUGGACAGUUGGAAACGCCAUACUAACCAAGAGGUUGGUGGCGGCUGGUGGUUGACUGGUCACGUCGGAUGGCGACUGGGUGGCGGCACUCUCCGUUCCCUCGGCGAUGCUUGGAGCGAUCUGCGAAGACGCCGGUACCGGGUUGGACGCCCUCACUCCCUCAUCUCCCUCAGCCGGACUCUCAUCGGAAUUAAUCGCAUCGACGACGUUAUCAAUCUUCGUAGAAGACAAUUGGGCUAAGUUUUGCGGGUCGAAACUGAUGGAGCAUAUGCUGCCUCCCUCUCUCUCUCGUGGGGUCUCCGCGACGUUGUCCUGUGGUUGUUGAUUGGCCGGUGUCGUAGCUACAUAGUUUUGGGGGUGGUCGCUGAAGUAGGAGAUUUGCGAGUUAGCUGGUGACUGGUUCAUGGUGACGUUAUUAUGGAAUACUUCGAGUAAAUAGCUAAGUGUGUUGCCAAGUCUCAGGAAUAUUAAAAUGGAUUCAGUGAUAGUGCCUAUUCUGGAUAAAAUUGUGUUGUGUUGAAGUUUCAAGUGUCAUGUACAUAUAUUACAAAAAGACCUUCGAGUGCUACAGGUACGCUUAUCAACAUAGACAGAUAUGGCUUACAAAUUACACUAAUAUAGUUCUUAAAAUUUUAAUUAGGGUCUUAUCCUCCUGAAUAACGAUAGUAUUAUAAUGCCUCAAAUAACCUAUAACCCUGGUCAGCAUACAAUGUCUAGAUUCAAAGAUCAAAAUCAAAAUUUUACUAUAGACUUUUAUGGAAAUUUCCAUCCAAUUUUCUCUAUUAUGAGAAUUAUGUUAUCAAACUCGUGUGAUACAGUUUGUCUGUAUUUAUGCAGCUUGAAAAAUUUUAAUUUGAAGAGCAACUCAAUUAUUUUAGCCAGAACUUACAAUAGAUUAUCAGAUAUAUCUUGUCGAAACAACUUCAGAUUAUGUUUCUUGCAGCUUUCAGUUUUAUCAAUAAUUUCAUUAAUCAUUGAUAGUAAGAUUGAGUAGGUAAGCUUUUCAUCAUGCUCCACUGGUUGGGUGCCAUUGUGUGAAGUUGUGCUCCUGGGGGGGUUAUCUCUUAUGAUAGAGUCCCACGUUAUGAAGCUAUUGUGAGAAGUUGUAGAUUGCAAUUCCUUCACAGAUAAUACGAUGUUUCUGGUAUUUAUAAGAGCAGUCUCUAAAUUCCCUCUUUUGCGAAUAAAUUCACAAAAAAUUAAGGCCUUCCGGCUCGCAAAAUUACUGGGUUCAAACCUCAGCUCUAGCUCAGUGGUAGAAACAUGAAUUUUAUAAAUACAAAUAAUCACCAUAAGGUUCAAGGACCAGGUAUUGAUAAUUCUUACCGCUGCUUCUAUGAAGUUCUUGAAGAAUACCAGUAAGGAAAUUAAAAGAAUAUUUGAUGACUGAUUAUCAGUAACCAUGUACCACUAGAGAAUAAUCAGGACCAACUAUAGUUGUUUCUAGUUGAUUCUUAAAACGCUCGUCGUGAAUACAAGUAUUCACCAAUAUACCCUUUCAAAAUUCCUUAGAACUUACAACGCCAGUUCUUGAAGCUCUCUGGAUCCUUAUAUGAUAUAACUGGAACCUUAUUAAUAUAAUUUCUUAAUAUAUUUGUUCUGGCUGAUGAAAUGAAUAUCAUCAAAGGAUGAUAAAUAUUGAGUGCUCUGAAUAAGGUUAAUAUUAUUUGAUUCUAUGAUUUUAAGUGCUGCUAAAUAUUUGUUGGUACCAAAACAGCUCAAACUAUAUAACACGAGAUGAGUUGGGAUAUAAUAAAAAAUUCUAUAAGUUUGUAUGCUGACAUAAAACACAAAAUAUAUUCCCAUAAAAAAGAUGUGCAUAAAAUAUUCGAUAUAACUAUAAUUCACUUAAAUAAUCUAUUUUAAAAUCUGAAUAAUUAUCACAGGCUUUGCUUAUAUUCACAAUAAUGAAUUUCAAAUUCAUAAAUAUAUUAUAUUUAAUACUGGUACUUAGACUUCCAAUCAAUACAAAAUUCUGCCAAUAAAAACCUGUUCGGUCUAUAAGUUUGAUAUGAUAUGUUUUGUUCAAUAAACAAAAUUAAUAUUUAAUAAAUUAAUAUUCAAACAUGAGAUCUCAGGGCUUUUAAUAUGAAUUCGGGCAGUGCAUGGAAGUAAGCUUCCUACAUAUAAUAAAUAAAUUUAUAAAAUGUUCUUGUGAACUAUGUGAUAUUGUUCAACACGUGGUGACUUUUUAUUUUAACUCUAAUUAAUUGGAAUAGCGCUUUUUUAUUAAUUAUUACCCCACUGAACGUAGACAAAUGAGCUCAUUUGGUUUGACUUAUCACUCACUGACUGAAGUUCUGGAUGUUCUCGUGGAUUGAAUUAAUUAUUUCCAAUAAUUAAUUAGGUAGGCUCCUUUUCGUCACUGCUGGGCUAACGUGUGAUCCAGAUUUUUAUAAGUUUCUUUCGAAUUAAAGCUAUUUUUAUGGGAAUCUUUACAAUUACGAACUCCUUGACAGCACUGAGUUCACAAACAAUUAACAUUCAACAAACAUACAUUACAUUUAAAAAAGGGUUUGGCUUAAUAAUUCAUUAAAAAAUUUUUAAAAGGAAUAAGAAAAGACCCUAAACUCCAUGUGCAUCCUCUCGGGUUGGGAUCUUAAGCCAGAAGAAAAAGGUUUUCAGAAAAAUUUGCUUCUUCCUAGAAUAAUUCUAUAAGCUACUCUCUGAUUGGCCUUCAAUUUAAUAGACUCAAUACAAUUGGUUGCCUUGGGAAUCAGGGCUUCCUCGGCUUUAUAAUAGAAAAAAUUAAAUAAAAGAAGUUUUUAUACAGAUAUAUGGGGUAUUUAUCUUAAAUUGAAUUCAUAAAUAAAUCGUAACAUACGAUUUUAAUAGAUAAUACAUUUAGUUUUUAUAUGAGUUUUUUAUACUCUUGAUUUAUCAUGCUUUUUUAGAUUAUAAUAAAUAUUUAUACAGAAAUAAUAGUUAUUUGUAUUUCUACACAUCGACUUCCUUUAGUAUACAUAAUAUAUCUUUUAUGAGUGAAUUUUAUAUGAUUCAACCGGUCAUAUGGGUUGAUCGAAUAAUCAGCUGAUUCGUUCAGUAUUGGUUCGGAUAAUUAUCGAUUUAUCCAAGAUCGACUAAUUCUUUUCAAAACGUAAACAAGUAACUCUAACCUCAAUGUUCAUGCAUUUUAUUUUAUUUUUUAUUUUUGUAAUCCGCCAAUAAUAAUUAUGCCGCUUUAUAAUUUUUUGAUCUUACCAAUGGGUUCUCAUAAUUAUUAAAUCACAAUAAUACAUGUUUUCUUAUCGUUGUUGAUAAUGCUAUUACUCCUAAUCACUAAUAAUACUUGAUUUGAGUUGAUUUACUCUUUAGAUAGGUCUAACCUUCUUUCCAAUUUUAUAGUUCUAUUACAUUUUAUUGGCUCAUUUAGAAAUAUUUG